GUCAACUUCCAACUCACUGGGUCCUACUAUCUCACUUGUUCAUGAAUCAUCGCAAACUUGCAGCCUAGUGCCAAGACCCACACCCGCCCAGCCCCAUUGAUUUGAAUCUCCAGACUGAUCAACGACCCUCAGCCACUGCCAAACUAUCUCUUAUUUUCCCUUUCCUGACCCGAUUCUUCUCUUCUUUCCAUAACUCUCUUCAAACAGCCACCAUGGCGAUCAUUCCACGUUACUACUGCAACAGCUACUACGAUGACUGCUAUUCAACCUGGGAUAGCUGGGGUCGCUGGGUAGCCUUUGGCGUUAUCGUCGGCGUCGCCUUCCUCCUCUUCUUCGGUUUCGCAUGCUUCAACGCCCGCCGCCGCCGCAACCACGGUCUCCGCCCCUACGCCGGUACAGCGUGGAUGGCCCCUCCCCCCGGAAACCCACCCCCCAACCAAUACCAACAACCCUACGGCGGAAAUGAAGGCUACUACGGCCAGCAACCACCACCACCCCAGUAUUCCGCCAACCCGCAGAACUACGGCUACUUUGGUGCCCAGCCUGCGCCCGGUCAACAACAGAAUGGUAUCGAGCUCCAGCAACCGGCGCAUGCCCAUGCCGCUGAUGCUCGCGAGUACGCGCCUCCUCCUGGGCCUCCUCCCGCGAAGGCUUGAAAAGUUUCUGUUCUCCAUGGGAGAAAUGAGAAGGGUGGAUUGAGCUAGUUGGUUACCUGCGGUACGCUCUGCGUCUUGUCUUGCGCUGUUUCGAGUCGCUUCAAUUUGAAGAGAGUCGGGCCGCAGGACGGGAGGCUGGGCGCUCUGCCAGCUAUCUCGAUUCCAUCCUGGUCUUGUUCUAUCUGGUCUCUUUCUACUUUGCUUUAAUCACCAUGCAACGAAAGCCUCGGGAUUCCGGCGUUUUUGAACCUUUUUUUCCGGGUCGGUGCGAUCUUUUGGGAUCUUUUUUUGUCUUGUUACGCCAAAGAAUACCUACCUACCAACCUACAUGGGGGAUGGAUUAUGUCUUCCCUGUGUGUUUUAAUGCCUGUCUGUCUGUCUUUGGUUGAUCGUUUGGACCAUCUCGAUGAAGCAGUUCUGACAUGUGGAGGUUAUGAUACGCAUUUCAGGACUGUUGAUGGUCGGCGAUGAUGGCGGCUCUUUCUGUUUGGAUUUUGGAUGCUAUGGUACAUUUUUCAGCUUCUUUUUACAUUCUAAUGACAUACCCAAGAUUUGCGAGUUUAUGCUGGAUAAGACAAGAAUCUAGAUGAUAGUUCGUAGAUCUGACACAAAGUGACUCGACCUGGG